AUGGGUACUGGUACCCUUCCCCCUGAGGAUUUCUCUUCUCUUAAAAUGUCAUUUAUGGAUGGUAAUUGGGCUUGCAUUUUCAGGAGAUCUUCGAGGCAGAGGCGGGCUGGUACUCGAUGUUGGGCGGUGGAAAUGAAGAUGAAGAAGCUGCAGAGUCUGAUUCCGGGAGGGCAACGUUUGAAGCCGGACCGACUCUUUCUUCGUACUGCAGAUUAUAUCCUGCAUUUGAGGCUGCAAGUAAACCUGUUGCAAGCUCUUUCCAAGAUUUAUAAACCAUGAUCGAGUUU